AUAAAAAUAAAAAUAAAAGAAACGAAACUUUGUUUAGCAUUGAUUGAGAGAUUGUUACGGGUUCUGAAAGAAGAAAGAAAACUAAAUGUGGAUUAGCUAAAUUUCUGAUGAAUGCAAGGCAACUAUAUUGUUGUUCGAAGGUUAGAGUUACUUAAAAUAUAAAAAUAUUUAACGCAGAGAUAGUAGAUAGCAUAAGAAAUUUGUCCCCUUUGGAUAUCGUGCGAGCAUGUUGAGUAUUGGAACAAUAAUAGCAAUAAGCUUAGGCUUUGGGGUAUGUUGGUGUUGUGAUAAUGAUGUGCAGAGGUUUGCACAUCCUUCGAAACAUGAAGAUGGGUCUGUAAGGUUCUUGGUGGUGGGUGACUGGGGAAGAGGAGGUGCUUACAACCAAUCUCAAGUUGCUUUCCAGAUGGGAAAGGCCGCAGACAAGCUUGAGAUUGACUUUGUUGUGUCCACCGGCGACAAUUUCUACGACGAUGGACUCACCAGCCACCACGACCCUGCCUUCCAACAAUCUUUCACUAAUAUCUACACAGCAAAGAGUCUCCAAACGCAAUGGUAUACCGUGCUGGGAAACCAUGACUAUAGGGGCGAUGCAAUGGCCCAGUUGAGCCCAUUCCUGAGGGAGGUCGAUAGUAGAUGGCUUUGUUUAAGGUCUUUUAUCGUACAUUCAGAGUUAGUUGAGAUUUUCUUUGUAGACACCACUCCAUUCGUUCAAGAGUACUUCACUGAACCCGAGGGACACACCUAUGAUUGGCGGGGCAUUAAUCCACCAAAAUCUUAUAUUUCCAACUUGCUCAAGGAUCUGGAACAGGCAUUAAGCAUAUCAACAGCAAAAUGGAAAAUUGUUGUUGGUCAUCACGCAAUCAGUAGUGUUGGACAUCACGGUGAUACUCCAGAACUUAGAAAGCAGCUUCUCCCACUUCUUCAGGCAAAUGACGUUGACUUUUACAUGAAUGGACAUGAUCAUUGUCUAGAACACAUAAGUGAUACAGAAAGCCCUAUCCAAUUCCUAACUAGCGGGGCAGGAUCAAAGGCUUGGAGAGGAGACGUCAAAGAAACACACAAAAGAGGCGUAAAUUUCUUCUAUGACGGACAAGGCUUCAUGUCUGUCAAAUUGACUCAGACAGAUGCUGACAUUGAGUUCUAUGAUGUUUAUGGCAAGAUUUUGCACAGAUUUACUUCGUCAAAGGAUUUAUAUUCUUCCAUGUAACGUUUAGAUCUCCAUGAUAGCCAUUUAGAAUUUUAGAUGGGCAAACACCCCGGCAAAUUAGUAGGUGAUAUUUUAGAAUUCAGUUCUUCAUGUCAUAUCUGAUAAACGUUUAGUGUGUUUAAUCUUGGGAUUGAAAAGAUUUGCUACUGUAAAGGCUUUGAAGCUAGCGUCUUUUAUACGUCUAAAUUUUUGUUUCUUUUCACUGAUAGUCAAGAAU